GUACUGCGCAUGCGGCUCGGUGACGUCAGCAGAAGAUGGCUGCGGUGCGACAGACGCCACUGGAGGACUCAACGAUGGUGAAAGUUUUAGUUUUAGUGUCAAUGCUGGUGUUUUCCGUGAGCUGCGCUUCACUUCCAAUCGCAGAUGGUGAACCCCCAGCCACUGUGGACAGUAAAGAGGUGAAAGCUCCAGAUACACAGAACAGCAGUGAUCUGAGUAGCCCGAUCGACAGUACUUUGAGUCAGUCGGCAGAGGUGUUGGGUGAUGAUUCAGCUCCUGCUGUUGAGGGUAAAAACAGCAACAAAUCAGUAGAUGUUCCCACUGCUCCAAUUGCUAAUAAAGAUACAGAACCACAAGAUAAUGAUCCGAAGAAGCAGAAAAACAACACAGAGAAUCUCAAAAGCGACACGGGGAAACAAAAAAAUGAUUUAAAGCUGGAAACUGACCCCAAGCAGCCGAAAACCGACCUCAAUCAGCUGGAAACCGAGCCCAAGCAGCUGGAAACCGAGCUCAAGCAGCCAGAAACCGAGCCCAAGCAGUUGGAAACCGAGUCCAAGCAGCCGAAAACCGAGCCCAAGCAGUCGGAAACCGAGCCCAAGCAGUCGGAAACUGAGCCCAAGCAGUCGGAAACUGAGCCCAAGCAGUCGGAAACCGAGCCCAAGCAGUCGGAAACCGAGCCCAAGCAGUCGGAAACUGAGCCCAAGCAGUCGGAAACCGAGCCCAAGCAGUCGGAAACCGAGCCCAAGCAGUCGGAAACCGAGCCCAAGCAGUCGGAAACCGAGCCCAAGCAGUCGGAAACCGAGCCCAAGCAGUCGGAAACCGAGCCCAAGCAGUCGGAUACCGAGCCCAAGCAGUCGGAAACCGAGCCCAAGCAGUCGGAAACCGAGCCCAAGCAGUCGGAAACCGAGCCCAAGCAGUCGGAAACCGAGCCCAAGCAGUCGGAAACCGAGCCCAAGCAGUCGGAAACCGAGCCCAAGCAGUCGGAAACCGAGCCCAAGCAGUCGGAAACCGAGCCCAAGCAGUCGGAAACCGAGCCCAAGCAACAGUUGGAAACCGAGCCCAAGCAACAGUUGGAAACCGAGUCCAAGCAGCCGGUAACCGAGAACAAGCAGCUGGAAACCGAGAACAAGCAGCAGAAUAAUGACCCUGUGCAGAAGGGUGACGACUCUGUGCAGCCAAAAAAUGACCACAAGCAGCAGGAUAAUGACCCAGAGCACCUGAAACCCUCCCCUGCAGCACCGCAGCCACAGAACUUUACAGAGUACAUCGCUGAAAGCACGUUUUUAGGACCAGAUCUGGGCUUUGGUGAUGACACAGGCAACGACGAAGAUGAUGAUGGCGACGAUGAUGAUGAUGAAGUUGUUGAUGAGAAUGAUGUAAGCAAUGAUGUUGAAGUUAAGGGUGGAAGCUCGUGGGAUGACAUCAGCUCUCCUGAGGAUAGCCAAGGAAAAAAAAAUUACCCUCAGGGUUACAAAACUCCUCCUGAGAGCUCAGAGAUAAACAUCUACAGCACCCAGGAUGAAGACUCGCACUUCUUCUUCCAUCUGGUUAUCAUCGCCUUCCUGGUGGCCAUCAUCUACAUUACCUACCACAACAAGAGAAAGCUUAUGUUGUUGGCCCAGAGCCGGCGCUGGAGGGAUGGGUUCUGCUCACGGGGUGUGGAGUAUCACCGGCUCGACCAGAACGUCCACGAGGCCAUGCCUUCGCUCAAGAUGACCAACGACUACAUCUUCUGAGCUGCACACCGUGUCUUAUUUAAUCAGGGGAGAAUGUGAGGUAACACUUUACCUGAACGGGUGUUCAUAAGACUACCAUUAAAGGUUUAUAAUCACGACACGACUCGUGGAUAUGGAGAAGAGGUUAUGACAAUUGUUAUUCAUUCAGUUAUGUCAUUUUCAAGGCAAAUAUGAUGUUGAUUGAGAUGUCUUUAUGGCAACCUGACAUAUCAAAAUACAUCAUGACAACUUGACAUAAACAUUCAUAAUGAUCUGUUUUUAUCAAGACAACAUCGUUAACAUCGUCAUGAGGCCAUUAUAAUUGUCUUAUGCAUAUUUUCCUGACCACUUUUCCCAGUGGAACAAAUUUAAUUUGUCAAGAAAAUUUCCCUGUAAAAGUGUUAAUAUGCCGGAGAAUUAUUUUAUUAAAGCAUCAUUAAUAUUUAAUGACAUCUAAUGAUAUUUUCUUUAUUUCGUUGCACUGUAGGUGGGGUCAAGUAAAAAUGUUAAUGAUGCUGUUGUAAAAUUCAUGACAUAACUAUAAUGACCUCAUGGCCAUCAUGUUUAUGACAGAUUUAUAACAAGUUGUCAUGGCAGUCAAGUUGUCAUAACAAAGACAUCUCAAACCAUGUCAUCUCUGCAUUUAAAAUGACAACUAAGCUAGUGAGGCUUAAUAGCAGCAUGAAAUUCAUGAUGCGUCAUGUCGUGAUUAUAAAGGUGUCAUGACUGUGUUAUGAACGCCUCCUUCAAGUGAAGUGUGAUCGAUUGUGCUCGAGUCUGAGCAGAACUGCAUUUUUACGACUUUGAAGAAAAGCAAAUGAAGAAAGGUUUGUUCUGUAAAUAUUUAAUUAUAAACCUGGUGUCUGUCACAAAUUUACUCAUGAUUUAUUUGGUUUGUGUGUGGACGCUCUCCUCCUAUGAGCCCAUGUGUGUGUAUAUAUGUACAGCUGAAGUCUAAUCUCUAAUAACUGAUUUCAUUUCUCUUCUCCAUGAUGACAGUAAAUAAUAUUAGACUAGAUAUUCUUCAAGACACUAGUGUUCAGCUUAAAGUGACAUGUAAAGGCUUCACUAGGGUAAUUAGGGUAAAGUUAGGGUAAUUGGGCAAGUCAUUGUAUAACAGUGGUUUGUUCUGGAGACAAUCCAACACUAAUAUUGCUGAAGGGGCCAAUAAUAUUGACCUUAAAAUGGCUUUAAAACAAUUAAGAACUGCUUUUAUUCUAGCCGAAAUAAAACAAAUAAGAUAUUAUAGGAAAUACAAAAAAAAAAAUCCCGAAUCUGUUUAACAUCAUUUGGGAAAUAUUUGGACAAGAAAGAAAAAAAAAAUCACACUCAUUUUGACUUUGAUUGUAUGUCUGUAUGUGUCUCUGUCUGUCUGUCUCUGUGUUUGUGUCUGUCUGUGUGUGUGUGUGAGCUUCAGGCUGAUCCCCUUCACAUUUGCGUUAUGACUUCAGUGAAGUUGUUUUAUCUGUUAUACACACACAGUGUCUGGAGGAGCGGGAUCUGCCGUGCCAAAAACUCUG